GUCGAGCGCAGACGAUGCGAAGCGAAGGCAGUGAACUUCGAGUUUGAAAUAUUGCAGAUAUGCUAUCAAUCCGCGAAUCUGCUAAGUUCGUCGGAACACAACCACAAAAGGGCGGUGAGGUUCUUUCUAUUAUACUCGGUUGUGUUUUCGGAGAUCUACCAGUUUUCCUGGCCCAUGUUGUGAUGGGGAACGCGUCAUUGUCCGCACUGUCACCUGGCCAAUCUCCGCAUACCGGCCAAACAAGUCUCACAAGUGACCCUGAAAAGCAAAAAGAUUCACUCUAUGUCCCUGUCACUGCCAGUGAUCGAAGCAAAAAAAGAUGCCACGGCGCGGCUUUAUACUCCUUGAAGAUUCGCACUGUGAAAGAUCAAAUCAGCGAGUUCUUUAGGAAACGCAGGGCGCGGAACGCGUUGACCAAACAGAGUACAUAGUACACACUUCUGGUUAAGCCUAGUAGUGGUGAGAUGCAGACUCUUUAAUAGUAUUAUAUAGUCAUAUUAUAUGGCCGAGUGGUAGCUGUUGGUAUAGUAGGG